AUGUCUGACAAAGAUAGGCUCAAUGUUUUCCCCUCUCGUAUGGCCUUGGCCAUCAUCAAGGCCAGACUGAAGGGAGCUCAGAAAGGUCACAGUUUGCUGAAGAAGAAAGCUGAUGCCCUGACUAUGCGAUUCAGGUCCAUCUUGAAGAAAAUCAUCGAUACAAAGCAAGAAGUUGGGGAGGUGAUGAAGUCAGCUCAGUUUUCUUUGGCAGAAGCCAAGUUCACUUGUGGAGACAUCAGCCACCUAAUUCUACAGAAUGUCACCAAGGCGGCAGUGAAAGUCAAAAGCAAGAAAGAGAAUGUUGUUGGUGUCACGUUGCCAAUAUUUGAGUCUUACCAAGACGGAGGCGAUACGUACGAGCUGACAGGUCUGGCUAGAGGAGGACAGCAGAUUGACAAAGCCAAGAAGAGCUAUGGACGGGCAAUCAUUCUGCUAGUGGAGUUGGCAUCGCUGCAGACAUCUUUCAUCACCCUGGACGAAGUUAUUAAGAUAACCAAUCGGAGAGUCAAUGCUAUAGAGCAUGUCAUCAUUCCAAAAAUAGAGAGAACAUUGGCCUAUAUCUCCUCUGAGUUGGAUGAAAGAGAUAGGGAGGAGUUUUACAGACUGAAGAAAGUGCAGGAGAAAAAGAAGAAAAUCAAGGCACAAGACGAAGCAUUGAAGAAAAAGCGCGCAGAAGAAUCGGGUGAAACCGAAGAUGCUCCUUCUAUAUUUGAUACCUUUCCAGACCCAGAUAUCGUGUUUGACUAG